CCAGGCAGGCUGAGUAUACCAGCAACCAAACGGGCCCUGGUGACACCGCUCACACGACCGCCGCCGCUUUGCCCUUCACCUCCCCGUUCAAUUCUAGCUUUCCCCCGUCUGGAUUCUCAAACACGGCAGGGCAGCCGCCGGGUCAACUCCCACCCUUCGCCUCCACGACUCCACCCGCUUCUCCACUCCCCGCUGCGGAUCCGGCGCGGCCCCCUUCCCACCUCUGCACGAAGGUGGGCAGCAGUGCGCGCGCAGACCAUGCUGCGGUACGAUCAACCUGCAAGAUCCGGGACCGGGAUGGUUCGCUUGUUAGCUUUCUUAUGAAGAUUAGUAAGGAGCGAAUGAAGAUGAGGAACAAACAGCGAAAAUCAUAUGCUCUCAAUUUUGAUGCAGGAUGUCGAUCCUCUUUAUCUUUUAUUCUAUGGAGCUUGGUGGGUUUGGGUCUCAUUGUAUGCUUCCUUUCCUUUACACAUCAAGCAGACAGUGGGCAGAACCGUAUUUAUUUCAGCCAUCUACCUGCGACCAGAGUAUUGGAGGAAGUCGAGGAGGAGCACUUUCGCUUGCCACCUCCUCACAAGUUGAAUCCUCGUGCAGUGAAACGGCGAGGGCCGCGUAAGCAACCAAAGGUUAUUGACGAAUAUCUGGAUGAGUCUUCAGCGAUACAUGCCUUGUUCUUUCCUGAUCAAAGAACUGCAGUGGACCCAACAAAAGGUGGAAAUGGUAGCAUGUACUUCUAUCCCGGUAGAGUGUGGCUGGACACUGACGGAAACGCCAUUCAAGCCCAUGGUGGCGGGAUUCUGUAUGAUUACAAGACUGCCAAAUUCUAUUGGUAUGGAGAGAACAAAGAUGGACCAACAUACCAAGCUCACUCCAAAGGGGCACAUCGGGUUGACACCAUUGGAGUAAGCAGCUACUCCUCGAAUGACCUAUGGUCAUGGACUCACGAAGGAAUUGUGCUUCCCGGGGAGCCUGCUAAUGUCACCCACGACCUUCAUAAAUCAAAGGUGCUUGAGAGACCUAAGGUGAUAUAUAAUGAUCACACUGGAAAAUAUGUCAUGUGGAUGCACAUCGAUGAUGCAAAUUACACCAAAGCAUCUGUUGGUGUGGCUGUCAGUGACUCUCCCACUGGACCAUUUACGUACCUUCAUAGCUUUCGCCCACAUGGAUCUGAAAGUAGAGACAUGACAAUCUUCAAAGAUGAUGAUGGAACGGCUUACCUCUUCUACUCUUCUCGUGACAAUACUGAGCUUCAUGUUAGUCCAUUGACGAAGGACUAUCUCCACAUCACAGCAGCAAUGAAGAGAAUAUUAUUAAGGCGGCAUCGGGAAGCUCCGGCUGUGUUCAAGCUCCAAGGAACCUACUACAUGGUCACCUCUGGUUGCUCAGGUUGGGCUCCCAACAUAGCACUGGCACAUGCUGCAGACUCGAUCAUGGGCCCAUGGGAGACAUUGGGAAACCCAUCUGUUGGAGGCAGCAGUUUUUUCCGGUUGACAACGUUCUUAUCUCAAAGCACAUUCGUGCUUCCUCUCCCUGGCUUGCCUGGUACAUUUAUCUUCAUGGCUGAUAGGUGGAAUCCAUCAAACUUGAGAGACUCCCGGUAUGUUUGGCUACCUCUGUUCAUUGGAGGAUUGGCAGAUGAACCGCUGGACUACAGUUUUGGUUUUCCCCUGUGGUCAAGGGUGUCGAUUUAUUGGCACAAGAAAUGGCGUCUCCCAGAAGGUUGGAGGGUGCGGUAUACGUGACAUUCAUCGCGUGCGCAGUGAAUACAUAAGAUAGCUAUACUUCACAGAUGCAAUAGCGGGGCAGAUGUGGUUCCACUAGUAGAUUAUUCAGAAUCUUACUAGAGGUUUCUGAUCAGUGAUUUUCUCAGGCUUUUGUACACAGUAGGCUCCAAAACAUACUUUUGUUUGUGUAACUUCUAUUGGAAAGAAAGAAGCGUUAUGUUUCAGCCUUCUGUAUGGGCAUCUCCAA